UUGAUUAGUAACUGGACACCUCUAUCGGUCCUUCCUUUCUAUAUACUUGCUCCGGUUCCGCUUCUUCUUGCGACAUGCGGAAAUACUGAUAGGGGAGGUGCUACUUGGAGCACUUUGAUCUUCAUUCACACCGUUCUAGUCGUAUCCUGUUUCGCCCUCCCUAUUGUUCUGGCUCACGUUCCUCUUGGAAGCCCAGUGGUACCUCCUUUUGGCCUCACUUUAAUCUGUUUAGAUUCCUUGGAAAGGGGAGAUGAGUUGGGUGGAUGGGUUGAGAAUUCCACGACGUAG